AAAACAAAAACAAAGCCUUCUUCAGUUCUUGCAACACACUUACAAUGGCCCCUAAUCUCUCUCUUCUUUUAGGAGCUUUCCUUCUUCUCCUUGUCACCGUUCAGUCUAAAAACCACACGAAACCACCCGAAAAAGGCUUCAACUUCCUCCAGCAUUUGGAGGGAUGUCACAAGGGGCAGACAGUGAAAGGCCUUCAUGAGCUCAAACGCUAUCUCGAGAAAUUCGGCUACUUGAACUAUGGUACUACUAGUACUCAUCAUCAUUCAAAGACUACUACUACAAUGAGCAAUCUCAACCAUGCAAAUGAUGACGAGUUCGACAACCUCUUAGAGGCUGCAGUGAGAGCAUACCAAUCAAAUUAUCACUUGAAGGUCACCGGAAGCUUAGACUCCGAAACCAUUCAAGAAAUGAUGCUCCCAAGAUGUGGUGUUCCUGAUAAUAUUGUGAAUGCCACAAACUCAUUUCCAAGCAGAAAAAUGAAACACCCCAAAGUUUUCGACAUGGUUGCUCAGUACACAUUCUUCCCAGGAAGGCCGAGGUGGCCUCUAUCAAAAACCCGUCUCACUUAUAGCUUCCAAUCCAGUGCACAAGUUGUCGGAUUGCAAACACUGAGGUCUGUGUGCUCGCGAGCUUUCCAAAAAUGGCAAAAUGUGAGCCCAUUCACUUUUGUGGAAGCUCCCCAGGGUGCAACCGGAGACAUUGUUAUUGGUUUCCAUCGUGGUAAUCAUAACGACGGGGCUCCAUUUGAUGGUUCAGGUGGUACAUUGGCUCAUGCUUUUGCACCAACAAAAGGAUGGUUCCACUACGAUGCUGAUGAGAAUUGGAGUACUAAUCCGACGAGCAUGAACCAAAUAGACUUGGAAUCGGUUGCAGUUCAUGAGAUAGGGCAUGUUCUCGGGCUUGGACACAGUAGAGAUAGGAAUGCCAUUAUGUUCGCCUCGUAUUCUCAUAACCCUAUCAGGAGAGAUCUAAAUACUGAUGACAUCCAAGGAAUACGCGCCUUGUACUCUUCUUAAGUACAUGGUAGAACCUUGCGUUAAUUAGUACUACUAUAUAUAUAUAUAAAAUAAGCCUAUAUAUGGUGUUUUCUUUUAUGUUAUUGUCAUAAUGUUGCUACUAUGAGAAAAAGAAAAUAAGUGAAUACUGAUGUUGAACCUGUA